ACCCUCACCGUCUGCCUCGCUCGCGUAUAACUGCGCCGCGAAAUCGCUCUCCAAUGCUAUUGUCGCUGCCUUCCAUUUGGGAGAAGGGGAAUCGAUCAUUUGAUCCUUCCAGUUUUUAAUAAUCUCUCGCGGACGCGGUGCGCGGCGUUCGACGAUCUCCUCCUCGUUGCUCACGCCCGCGCCUGCGUCUUUGGCUUGAAGCCAAAUGCGGCGUUCUUGGAGCGACGCUUGAACCGUUGAGCGGCCAGGCGCUCCAUUGGCUGAUAGGCUCUCAGGACCAGGCGCCCAAAGGAUCCCUAUUUAUCCGUAUCCAGAGAUGGUUCAUCAUAUGCCAGAUGAGGUGACAGCAGAUGAAGCCAGCAUCACCACACAGCCUCCCUCCUUUAACCCAUCUCAAGCAUCACUGGUGUACAAGGUCGGGUAUCCUCAGAAGAAGAACUUCACCAGAGAGUUUACUGACACAUUGAGGGAGACUUUUUUCCAUGACAACCAACUACGCCAGUACAAGAACCAAUCUGGAUCGACAAAAUUCAUGAUGGGGCUGCAGUUCUUGUUUCCAGUCUUUGAGUGGGGCAGGACCUACAACCUGAGCAAGUUCAAAGGUGAUCUGAUUGCUGGACUGACCAUUGCAAGUCUCUGCAUUCCUCAGGAUAUCGGCUAUUCGAAACUCGCUAAUUUGGAUCCACAGUAUGGGCUUUAUUCCAGCUUCAUUCCACCAUUGAUAUAUGCUGCAAUGGGUAGCUCAAGGGAUAUAGCAAUUGGGCCAGUUGCGGUGGUAUCUCUUUUACUAGGUUCACUUCUACAAAAUGAGGUUGACCAUAACUUAAACAAGGAGGAAUACUUGCGUCUUGCUUUUACGGCGACCUUCUUUGCUGGUAUCACUCAAGCAGCCUUGGGAUUUCUAAGGUUAGGAUUCCUCAUCGAAUUCUUAUCGCAUGCUGCAAUUGUUGGAUUCAUGGGGGGAGCAGCCAUCACUAUUGCCCUGCAGCAGCUAAAGUAUGUGUUGGGUAUCAGGAACUUUACAAAGAAAACUGACAUAGUUUCUGUUAUGGAGUCUGUAUGGGGUUCAGUUCAUCAUGGGUGGAACUGGCAGACAGUUGUGAUCGGCAUAGCUUUCCUGGCUUUUCUUCUGCUUGCGAAGUACAUUGGGAAAAGGAAUAAGAAAUUUUUUUGGGUGCCAGCUAUUGCUCCUAUAACUUCAGUUAUUCUCGCUACCCUUUUUGUGUACAUUACUCGUGCUGACAAGCAAGGUGUUCAGAUAGUGAACCACAUCAAAAAGGGCAUGAACCCAUCAUCCUUACACAAGAUUUAUUUCACUGGUCCAUUUGUCGCAAAAGGUUUCAAGGUUGGCGUUGUUUGUGGCAUGAUCGGUUUGACAGAGGCUGUGGCGAUAGGAAGGACGUUUGCUGCUCUGAAGGACUACCAGUUAGAUGGAAACAAGGAGAUGGUAGCACUUGGAACAAUGAACGUUGUAGGCUCAAUGACGUCUUGCUACAUCGCAACAGGUUCUUUCUCUCGUUCAGCAGUCAAUUUCAUGGCUGGCUGCCAAACGCCAGUGUCCAAUGUAGUUAUGUCAACAGUUGUGCUUCUCACCUUGUUGGUCAUCACACCACUGUUCCAUUAUACACCAAAUGCGAUCCUUGGGUCGAUCAUUAUUUCCGCUGUGAUCAGCCUUGUGGACUAUGAAGCAGCAAUUAUCAUUUGGAAAGUUGACAAAAUGGAUUUCAUCGCAUGCAUGGGAGCAUUUUUCGGUGUGGUUUUUGCAUCUGUUGAGAUAGGUCUCUUGAUUGCUGUGUCAAUCUCGUUUGCCAAAAUACUUCUUCAAGUAACAAGACCAAGGACUGCACUGCUUGGAAACCUUCCAGGCACCACAAUAUACAGGAACACCGACCAGUAUCCAGAUGCUAAGCAUGUUCCUGGGGUGGUAAUAGUGAGGGUUGAUUCUGCUAUCUAUUUUUCCAACUCUAAUUAUGUUAGAGAGAGAAUUCUUAGGUGGUUGACGGAUGAAGAAGACAAAGCCAAGGCAGAGGGAUUGCCUAAAAUCCAUUUCUUAAUAGUAGAGAUGUCGCCGGUUAUAGAUAUCGAUACAAGUGGCAUCCAUGCUCUUGAAGAUCUGUACAAGAAUCUUCAGAGGAGAGACAUUCAGCUCAUCCUAUCAAAUCCUGGUUCCAUCGUCAUCGAAAAGCUCCACUCAUCCAAACUCACCGAACGCAUUGGAAGCAAUCACAUUUCCCUUACUGUUGCUGACGCAGUGCGUUUCUGCACUUCAAAGUCGAUGCAAGAGCCUUGAACUGAAAUGGAUUACGGCAGGCAUGUGUAUUCUAGUGUAUGUAUCGUACAAUAUCAUAAAAGAUAGGUACAGUUUCGAAGGCGGUGCUUCAAAUAGGUUUCAAAUAGUUGUAAUUCUGUUGUUGCGAACAAUAUGUUUGAUGUAUAGCUAAAUGCUGCGAUCAGUAUACAUUCCAACUGAAGGAAAUAAUAGUGGAAGAUAA